AUGGAUUUCGACGACAUAAGUCUUGCAAGGUUCGAGAGACUUAAGAAAGAAUGGAUAGCUCUGUGCUCAACCUCCUCCCAGGGUAUCUGCCAAGUUGCCAGCAGGUAUCGCGGUCGCGACGAUUGUUUACUCCGCUCUAUGCACUGUGGGUCCUUCAACUUCAGCUUCCGGCUUCAUUGGGAGGAUGGGGAGCCAGAUUGGUUGAUUAGAUUUCCCCUGCCGGGAAAGUCCAUGUUCUUGGAUGAGAAGGUCCAGAAUGAGGCCGUCCUGAUGAAAUUCAUCGCUGACACGACGCGCAUCCCUGUCCCGCGCGUCAUUGCUCACGGUGGAGCAGAGCAGAAUCCUACCGGUCUCGGCCCCUUUAUGAUCAUGACCUGGGUAGAAGGCACAAAGAUGUCUGACCUUCUUCGCAAAGGUGGCGAUACACCUGAAAAAGAGGAUGCACUGGAUCCAGACGUUGACCCGCAGAUACUGAAGAUCCUGUACGGAGAAAUGGCGGAGAUUCUGCUAGAGUUGUGGAGCCUGGAUUUCAGUCAUAUUGGCAGCCUUCGCGAACAGAAGACACUACCCUUGACCAAAGUUGAAGGCCGACCGUUGGCUCUCGAAGUGAACGAGUUGAUUAGAACAUGUGGCUUGGAAGAUUGCGCCCCGUCAAGAGUCUAUCACAGCUCGCUGGAGUACAUACAUUCUCUCUUGCGCCUGCAGGACACCCACCUGGAGAGGCAGCGGAACAGUGUCUACGAUGCGAUCGACUGUCGGGAGAAAUAUGCCUGUCGCAGUUUGUUGAAAGCGGUGGCUCUGAGCUUUUUAUCUCCCAUCGAUAAUGACGGCCCAUUCAAGCUAUUCUGUGAUGAUCUGUGCCCUGGGAAUGUGCUUGUCAACGAUUCCCUCCACGUAACGGGCGUCAUCGACUGGGAAUUCUGUUACGCUGCGCCUGCCCAGUUCGCAGGCAGUAUUCCGUGGUGGUUGCUUCUCGAGCGACCGCAGAAGAUCCUCAACAGUCAGGGCCCCGAAGCGUUCUUUCGGUCUUUCUUGCCCCGGGCCGACUGUUUUCUGCAGGCCUUGGAGUUGAAAGAGAAAAUCAGAGGACUGGGCGUGGAAGAUGAUCGACUAUCGGUGAGAAUGAGACAGUCUAUCGACACCAAGAGCGCAUGGUUCUACCUCGCUUGCCGGUCAGUCUCAUCCGUCGAUCUAUUGUACUGGGACUUGCUAGAUGAGCACUGCUGGGGUAAGAGGUCGUCAGUCGCAGACCGGGUACGCUCUUUCACAGCGAACAUUGGCCUCCACAAGGAUCGCGAGGACUUUGUCCGGUCGAAAAUUGUGCAAUUACAGGAAUAUUAUGCUGAACUGGGUGAAGCGACCGACAUAAGAGGCCACGUUCAGUUGAGUUCAGUUGGCAUCGACUAA